UUCCGGGCGGAGGCGGUGAGGCCUCUCCGUCGCCGCGCCCGGUGGAUGGCAGUGGCGGGGAGUAUGGGGCCGGAACGGGUGUGUCCCGAGGAGCCGGGGCCGCCGGAGGCCCCCAACGGCUCGGCGGGCUGGAGCGGCGAUGAGGAAGAGGAGGAGGAGGAAGAGGGCGGCGGGUAUUUGUACCAGCCGCUGAGCCAGGAGCCGGAGCAGGGCCCCGGCGAGGCAGGCCCUCCUGCCGCCCCGGCGGGCCGCACCGAGUCGGGCCCCGACCUGCAGGAGCGGCUGCAGAUGAUGAGGCUGUACCUGCCCGACCCGCCGGCCGACAGCGAGGAGGAGGCGGAGGAGGAAGCGGCGGCGGAGCAAGGCGCUGUGGCUCCAAGCAGCCGCAGCUCCAUCCCCAUGGACGCAGAACAUGUGGAGCUGGUGAAGAGGACGAUGGCCGGCGUGAAGCUUCCCAGCCUGGGCAUUCCCGCCUGGGCCAGCCAGAUCUCGGAGGACCAGUGGAAGGCCGUUGUACAGCGUACGCUGCAGGCCCGGCAGAGCCUUAGCGGCCCCGCUCCCGAGUGGAAGUGAGGGCCGAGCUGCAGCGCGGGGGCUGCCAAAGCCAGCCCUCCCUCCACUGCGCCUGCUGCCUUGGACCCGGGCGGUGACAGGAUUUGCUGGCAUCCACCUUUCAGUUUGUCCCACUGCCAUUGCCUGACUUCCCUUCCUGCUCCUUUUUCCUGGUUCCAGACGGCGUGUAACUUGCUGUGUUGUCCUUGUGUUGGCUUCCUCUGCCUGCGAGGAACCCAACCGGUUUCCAUACCUGUGUGCAUGUGGCAGGUGGGGUCUUGGCCAGCUUUGCCCAGUUUCCCUUAGGACAAACACUGGAUUUGUCCGUGCUGGAGAAGUCCCUCUCCUUGCUAGGGCCCCUCUCCCCCAGGGCAGGGACUGUGUGUUGGAGUAUCAGGUGAAGUCGAAUGUUGUCUUUCCAAGAGAUUGUUUUUAUUCAGUUCUGUACAUACAGGGACAUCUGUACAAAAUCCAACACUUUCAUACUAUGUAAUGCUCUACUGAAAAUAAAGUACACCAUAUGUACAUAUGAACUGUAAGCAGCUUAAUACUUGUGUCCAGGGGGUGAAUACAAUAGUUAAGUUUUGCUUGUUCCCUCAGGAGGAGGGAGCCAGGUGAAGUGGAAGAGGCAGCUCCAGUUCUGUCCAUUUGGCUGAUGUGGGGAAAGGCAUAGGCAGAAAUGAGCAGUGCUAAUGCUAGAAACCAAGUGUAGAGAAGCAGGGGGUAGCUGUAGCCUUGCAGACAGAGGCCUGCAGAUGAGCAGCAGAUGAGCACACUCCCACCCCCCCCUCCCUUUCUUACAUGGUCCCCUUCUUGGAUGUCCAAGGACACUGGAAUGAAUAGGCAGCAAACUAAUGGCAGUGUGAAAGUACUAAGCAUAAAUUCCCUGACCCAGAACGAGACACACAAAACUAUGAGAGAAACACUGAAGCUGUACAGCACGUAGUUGUGGCGUGUUACAGUCCUGCCCGCGCGCGGCACAGCCCCAGCAAGCGUUCCUCUGGCCAGGCUCGGGCUGCCAGCAGAGAUGGAUCACCUGCAGGACACCGAACGGCUUCUGCGCACCAGCAGCCUCUGUUCCUUCUGAGAGCAGAGCAGCCCGGGCUGGGGAAAGGCAGGCACUGCCUAGCAGCAAGCAUGCUCAGGUGAG